AUGUUCAAAGCUAAACGGAAACUACUCGCAUUGGCCACGUCGAGCCUGUGCCUCUUAACUUUGGCACUCGGCCAGGCCCAAAACAAUACCACUAUUGGACGCGUCGAGCCACUUAAGCUGACCUCUUUGACUGGAUACGCGACCCCAACAAAUAAACGUGAGAUCCCAAGCCUAACACAGGAUCUAACAGGCUCAGCAACAGCGAAAAGCUAUGAGCCGCCCCCUGAGUUCUAUAGAGGACCAGGCUCUACCAGUUCGGAUAGCACCGCAGCCAGCUUUCUAUCGAAAUCAACGAGCGUACUUGGGUCGGGGGGACAUUUGGGCAGUGUGGGGGAGAGCCUAAGCGAGGCUUACAACAAGUGGCGUAAUGGAGGCAAAUUUAAUUACAACUUGCCGGGCAGUGCGCUGCAAGAUCGCAUCAGUGUGGAACAUUUACUAAACUUUAGUUCUAUAGGCCAUUAUGGGAGUACUGGACACAACACAGGCAGUCACGGCAGUGUUGGAUAUGCCUACGAAAGUCAUCCGCUUGAAUACGGACAUGGAGGAAGUGGUGCCGGAGGUGGUGCCAGCAUUGGUGGCCAUCAUUACGGUGGGCCAUCAUAUUAUGGAUCUAGUACGAGCGCCGAAACAGGCGUACCUUUUGAUGUGUACAGCGGCAGGCCAGGACUUGGAGGGGGCCAUGGACACUAUCCCGGGGCUGGGGGCGAAUACUCCUACUCAUACCCCAUUGAGGGAUCUGCUCAUGAAAUAGCCACACAUAAGGGACCGCAUGAUUUAUCGCAAAAGGCUUUGUUAGCCAAAAGUUUUCUAAUUCCUUUGGCCAGCGCUGCGGUAUUGGGAAUUGCAGCCGCCCUGGUCAGCAAUCCACUGCUUCUACAACUGGGCACAGUUUCGGGAGUUGGACCCACAAUCGUAGGAAAACGAAAGCGACGCGAGACUAACAAAAAUAAAUUGCAACGAGCCUAUGCGGGCCAUAAGUAA